AUGGAAACGUUUAAGCCCCCGAGUGCAUUGAAUUUGACGGGAAACUUGCGCGAGAACUGGAGGCGAUGGAUUCAGCGAUUCGAGUUGUUUUUGACUGCGUCAGGGAAAGUCAAAGAAACGGAAAAAGUCCAGUGUGCAAUUUUACUUCAUCUCAUCGGUGAUGAAGCCCUCGAAAUCUACAACACGUUUACGUUUGGCGAGGGCGAGGAUCGUGAUAAGUUGAGCGUGUUGAAGAAGAAAUUUGAAGAUUAUGUAAAUCCUCGAAAGAAUACUGUAUUUGAACGAUAUAAAUUCUGGGAAUGCAAACAACAAGAAGGUGAAACAAUCGACCAAUUUAUAACGGAGUUGAAAACACGAGCUAAUUCAUGUGAAUUUGGUGAUCAAACGGACAGCAUGAUUCGAGAUCGUACAUUAUUUGGGGUGAGUGAUAUUCGAUUAAAAGAACGAUUGCUUCGUGAAUCGUCUGAACUCACUCUUGAAAAAGCUGCAAGUUUGUGCCGAGCGGCGGAAGAAAGUGCGAAACAGCUCAAAGAGCUUCGGAAGCAAAAUGUUGAUCCAACUGAACCGGAAGUUCACGUCGUAAAGAAACCCACUCGAGGUGAGUUGCUAUUUGAUUGUAAUAGAUGUGGAACUAAGCAUGCAGUAAGAUCUUAUCCUGCAUUUGGAAAACCUUGCCACAAAUGUAAAAAUCCCACUUCGCACGAAUGUGUCAAAUGUCAAGAAAUUCUUCUGUUGACGAAGUGUCAGAAAAUACAUGGGGAAGCUAACACUAGAAAUGACCCAACACACUCGAGUCAAAUAGUUUAUUUAUUGGGACCAUAACUAGCCCCACAACAAGUUCUGCAUGGCUUGUGAGUGUGGGUAUAAAUGGAACACAAGUUCGAUUUAAACUUGACACUGGAGCUGAAGCCAAUGUUAUGUCAUUUAAUGUGUAUUCAAGUCUAAAGAUUAGUACAUCCCUGCAGAAAACUGAUGUGGUUUUAACCUCAUAUGGGAAUUUUAAAGUCAAACCGGAGGGGAAAGUUUUCCUGAGAUGUGUCAUCAAUGGUCAGUCUGAAACAGGGUUUAUUUUAAGAAAAAUUUAGAACUGCACAAAUAGGGAUGUUACGAAGGCAACAGGUGUUUGACGGAGGGGGGGAGGGGUCGAAGAAUUUUUUACCUGCAUAUAGGUUGCAGAGUAAGGGUGUGGUUGGGUGGCAGAAUUGGUGAAUUGGAGAAAGGCCACACAAACACGAUUUUGGGUGGGGAAGCUAGGAGGUGUUUCCCAAAACAAUUUGAAUCUAGAGGCUCUUGAGUCCUGGCAAAGAUUUGUUUUACCCAACCACUCACAAAAACUGUUUCAAAACAUGUAACUGGGAAUCAUGGAUAUUCAAUAUAUAACAACCUUAAAUUUGCAUUUGAGGCAGCAAAGAAUAUUAGGUUCUCCCACUCUAAUCUCUUUUGGGAGCUUCGCUCGCCCCAAUUUUACCUUCUUUUUCAUUACCCCAGCACGAAAGUGAUUUGUGAGAAAAAUAGGAGGGUCUGGAGUUCUCCCCCAGAAAACGUUUAUAUUUUUUAUUAUUAUUAUUUAUUUUUAUUAUUAAACUUUAUUUAAAGAAGGUUUUGUAAGUUCGGUGACUGCACAUUUGUGUUUUAAGAACUGCACAAAUGGGUUUAGGACUGCACAUUUUGUGUAGAACUGCACGUUAAAAUAAACCCUGGUCUGAAAUGCUACCAUUCUUUGUUGUUACUGUCCAGUCAACCCCAAUACUAGGUUUGCAGGCAUGUGAGAAAUUAAACCUGGUCAAGAAAGUCAAUGAAGUGGCCCCAUCACCUUCCACUAAAGAACACAUUAUUCAUGAUUACCCAGAGGUGUUUGAAGGGCUUGGCUCCAUGGACGGAGAAUAUCAUAUUGUUGUUGACAAGACUGUCAAGCCUGUCAUCCACCCACCACGAAAGGUUCCCUACAGCAUACUGGGAAAGUUAAAAGAGAAACGUUCGCAGCUUGAAAAAAUUGGUGUUGUGCAGAAAGUUGAAAAACCGAGUCCAUGGGUUAACAGUCUUGUAUAGUCGAGAAAUGUGAUGGGUCUCUGCGGUUAUAUUUGGAUCCUCGUGAUCUGAAUAAGGCUAUUCAACGGGAGCAUCAUAGAAUUCCCACAGCAGAGGAUAUUGUCACUCGCCUUGGUGGUAAGAAGUUAUUCGCCAUAGUGGAUGAAAAAGAUGGGUUUUGGCAGAUCCACCUAGAUGAAGAAAGUCCCCAUCUCUGCACCUUCAAUACACCCUUUGGUCGCUUCCGCUUCACGAGAUUACCAUUUGGUGUGUGUUCAGCUCCUGAAGUGUUUCAGAAGAAGAAUGAAGCAUUGUUUGGUGAUAUUGAUGGUGUCGAGGUGAUAUUUGAUGACAUAAUUGUGGCAGCGCAGGAUGAAAAAGAGCAUGAUGAAAUUAUGGCAAAGCUGUUGGAAAGAGCAAAAGCUUCAGUACAAAGUCAAAGAAGUGAAGUACAUGGGUAACAUUGUAUUUGAAGCCAGAUGGCGAGAAAGUUCGUGCAAUUCUGGACAUGCCCUUACCUAAGUCAAAGGAAGAAUUGCGAAGAUUCCUUGAAAUGGUUAAUUUUUUCUCGAAGUUUAUUCCAGGUCAAUCGAGUAUUACUGACCCUCUACAGCAGUUGUUAAAGAAAGAUUCAGUUUGGGACUGGUCCCAUGAACACACUGGUGCAGUAGAGCAACUGAAACAGAUCCUCUCAAGUCAGCCUGUCCUGAAAUUUUUUGACUCAGCAAAGCCAGUCAAGUUGCAAGUUGAUGCUUCGAAAGGUGACCUUGGAGCUUGCCUUCUACAAGACGGACAUCCCGUUGCAUAUGCAUCCCGGUCACUGAGCUCUGCUGAGGAGAACUAUGCGCAAAUUGAAAAGGAGUUAACCGCAGUUGUCUUCGGAUGUGAAAAAUUUCACUGCUAUGUUUAUGGUAAAUCAAUUGAUAUAGAUUCUGAUCACAAGCUCCUUGUUUCCAUCUCCAGAAAACCUUUGGUACAAGCUUCCCCCAGGCUCCAGCGAUUGUUGCUCCGACUACAAAAGUAUGAUGUCACCAUCAACUACCUUCCAGGAAAAUAUAUGUAUGUUGCAGAUGCACUUUCAGGAGCAUUUCUUCCUGAUGGCCCUGUUCCUGAUGAAAUGAAUGAUGAUGAUGUAACGAAGAUGAUCCAUAGCCUCGUUGAAAACCUCCAAAUGACAGUUGAGAAGCUUGACGAAUUGAAAUCAGCAACAGUAGAAGAUGAAUUCCUGCAGCAGUUAAUCCAAUUCAUCAAAGACGGAUGGCCUAGUCAAGUGAAUAGUCCAUCGGCUGUUGGUCACUAUUGGAAAUUUCAAGACGAAAUCUAUGAAGCCAAUGGGUUGUUUUUCGGGCAGAAAUUAAUUAUUCCAGAGAAGCUGAGACCAGACAUUCUUCGUCGAAUUCAUGAGAGCCAUCUGGGUAUGGAAAAAUGUAAAUCGAGGGCUAGAGCAGUAGUCUAUUGGCCCGGAAUGUCAGCGGACAUUAGAUUAGUAGCGAAAUGUUCAACUUGCCUGAAGCACCAAAGAAGCAAUCAGAAAGAGCCACUAAAGCCACACACAGUGCCUGCCAGAGCAUGGCAAAAAUUGGGAACAGACAUUUUUGAAUAUAAGUCGACCAAGUCCAAUUUAGUAAUUGUGGACUAUUACUCGAAAUUUCCAGAAAUUUCUCUCCUCUCAUCAAGUCAAGCUGUCAUUACCAGUAUGAAAUCAGUAUUUGCCCGACACGGCAUCCUGGAUGAAGUUGUCGCAGAUAGUAUGCCCUUUUCAAGUAAGGAAUGUUUACAGUUUGCACAAGAAUGGGGAUUCAAAAUUUCAACGUCCAGUCCUCAUUACUCCCAGUCAAAUGGCAUGAGUGAGCGUACAAUUCAAACCAUCAAGAAUCUCCUUCGUAAAGCUGAUGAUGAAGAAAACGAUUCCUACAUCGCCCUCCUGGAGUACAGGAAUACUCCAAUCACAGGAAUGCAAGAAUCGCCAAUCUAGUUAUUAAUGAGUCGCAUGCUAAAGUCGAAGUUGCCUACGACUACGGCUCUCCUUCAGCCCAAAGUUCAAGAAAAUGUUCGUGACAAAUUUAAGCAACGUGCCGAGAAGCAAAAAGAGUACUUCGACAGAAAUGCAAAACCAUUGCGACCUGUAAAGAUGUAUCAGUCUGCCCGAAUUCGAAGAGGAAAGGUGUGGGAGCCAGCAGUUAUAACAGGUAGGCAUAAAGCACCUAGAUCCUUCAUAGUAAUCACACCACAAGGUGGAGUGUAUCGUCGUAAUCGCAGACAUUUAUUACCCACUAGUGAGCCUCCACCUAACAAUUUAGGACCAGACUACGAUGAAGAAAUUGUUAUGCCUGAGCCUAGACCAAAUAACGUUGUUGACCCAGAACCUGUAAGGCGCACCAGCAACCGCGCAGUUAGACUGCCUGAACGACUCAGGAAUGACUAUGUUAUGGAAUGACUAUCUUAAGCUGUUUACAUUUAUCAACUUUAAUAUUGUUGUUGUGUUACUUGGAGCAUUGCAGUUCUUGCAAGAUACUCGGUGUUAUGAAGUGUGACCUUAUUACCGAACAAUUGAAGCUAAUUAGCUGUUGAACAAAAUGUAGCUUUAGUAAGAAAGGGAGAUGUCAUAAUUAUGUUCAUUUAUGAUAAACACGUGAUCAUGAUUAAAGUUGUUGUUGAACAUGGCGUUGUUGUUGAACAAUGUUGUUGAACAUUGUUAUAUAUGACAGUAUUAGUAUAGUCUUAAAUCAAUUGCAAUUAAGGUUUUUUAAACUGCGAAAAUUGAUUUAAUAAACGCUCUAUCUGUCUAGCAUAAUAAUAAUGAGAACAGCGAGAGCAAUCAUAAGAUAGCGAUAACGAAAACGAAACGAUACAACACAACAACAACGACGACAAUAGUAAAGAAGGACAACCGCAACAACAACACCAGCAAUGGUAACAACAACGACAACGGCUACAACAACAAAAAUAAUAAAACACUAAUAACAUCACAAACAAUAAUAAUAAUAGCAUUAACACACCUCUCUUGCGUUUACAAAUAUAACGACGAGGAGCAGAACAUAGUUCAGUUGACCACGCCCCAUCUGUUCUCAUGCCCAUCAAUACUGUACAAUCUUUCCAUGGUCGAUUUCUGGAAUUUUUCUGUAUCCAGUUUCGGUAGUCUGCUUCGGAACUGUCUGACCAUUUAAAGACGUUUUCCGACUUGCGAUCAUUUAAGCCAAUCCACACCGCGGACUUGGCAACAGAGCUGAUUUCUUUUGUUAAAAAAACAUUUUCGCUCUCGUUCUGAAUACUGACCAAAGAGGAAAAAUCACCAAUUGAUUUACAUGCCUGUUUCGCCGCAGUCCAGUUCUUAAACUGAGAUUCAGCGAGAUUGAAUUGAUAGCAGUGAUCGCCGAACAAAGUCCAGUCGCCAGGACAUCCAUUUUUACCUGAUAAAUCAAAAUUGAGAGGUUUUUUUAUUUCAACUAAAUGUUUGGAUAAAACCUUAACUAUAACAUUUUUGAUAAUACAUUUACGUAUCCAUCGUUCUAUUUAUCAUAUAGAAAAAAUGACAAUACGAUUACAAAAAAGCAAUUGAUACAAAUCUUAUCUUAUCCCCGAUCAAGCCAACGGAGCGAUGGCGGGUGUAAGCGCGGGGCGAGGGUACUGAUUCUGCUGGGCUAUUUAAUUCCAGGAGAACGAAUUCAAAGUACUAGCGAGUUUAAGGUACCCCGGUUUCGGUGUACGGGUACAGGUAGCAUGAUUUUGGUUAGAAAUAUUUUCGUCGAUGUCUGUACCUUUACUCGUAAUUAAGGUGCACAUUUUUCGCAUUAUAUCAUUGUCUAUUGCAAGAAAACAGAAAAAGAAUGAUCGGACAUCAGUAAAAACUAGCAAGAUGACACUACUCGUAUAUACCCGUACACCGAAACCGGGGUAUCUUAAGGUGGCUCGAUAUGGUUAUCACAAAAACUCUGCUCAAGAAUUGCGAACAAAACUGGGUGACCAUUCUCACGCGCAGGUCGCGGAAACUGAUUAACAAAAUGAAAGAACUUCCAAAAUGACCUGACGUGAGCAUUUGCUCGCGCCAUCCUACGUUAUUGCGCGUGUUCUAGAGCGUUUUAUGUCAAUUGCUGGCGUCAUUAGAAUUUUUCAUUUUAGAAAAACAAUGCGCUAUAUCUCUCUAUUUUGUCUGGUGACUUAUGUUCAAAUUUUACAUGCUGUAUUGCACCGCUAAAAACUUUCAUUAUACAAAAAAUAAAAAAAUUCUGUAAUGCCAAAAACAUUUUACCGAAGAGUACGACAUUUUCGUAUUUUCCAGAAAAAUGGCAUUACAGAUUUUUUAAAUAUUUUGCUAAUUGUUAGCUUUUCGUUCAAGUAAAAUAAUGCACGAAAAAGAUUUGGGGGUCACCAUGUUUCUUUUCCAGCUAUACCAGGCGAUAUGCCAUUUUGGACUAAAUUUUGUACACGUAUGUUGUCAUAGCAACGAACUAUCUGUUACUGAAACUAAUAUAAUUUGAAAGUAGAGAUAUCAAAAUAUGUAAAAAAACCCAAUAUCUGCUGAAUAAAUCCCAAAACUGCGCUGGUUUGAACAUUUCAAAGUGUUGAACAACUGAAUUUUUGAAAAAUGUAUCGAGCCACCUUAAACUCACUAUUAGCGAAGUCUAGUACGGUGAUUAAUAAAAGCGUGUCUUUGUUUCACAUGGUGUCAUGGGUGUAUGUACUACUGAUCUCAAAAAUAUGGGGAAUUCCAGGAGUGAAAUAAGUAAGUAUGAUUUGCAGGGGGGGGGGAGAAACCCGACGAGCAGCCAAACAGUUUAUUUAUUUCUGCUUCAAACAUGUACAAAAGAUCAGGGAUAAUAGACUACAGAAAAUCGUAAAAACCAAGGCAAGUUUGUUUUAAUAUUUGAUGUAACUAUUGUUGGAUUUAAAAAAACUGAUGUUGAGGAAAAAUGAAAAUUACCCGCUUUUGUAUUACUUUGGAUUAUUAAUAAAAGUCAUUUAUUUUAAACUGACAAAGUUUAUCGAUAAAAGGCAGUUUAGUUUUAUGUACAUUUAAUAACGUUUUGCAAAGCAUUGGUGUAAGUUGAAUUUUACUAUUAAAUCGAAGCUUAUAUUACGCAUAAUAAUAUACCUAAUAUUCAACUAUUUGCGAAAUUGAUAAUUUUGUAAACAAAAUUACAUAAAGUAAGCGGCAAUGAUUAACGACUGCCGACACGCAUUUUUAACAUGAUUGUGGACUCGUAUUUUGCAAAUAGGCGGGAAUUUUAUUCAAAACAGUGAAAAAUAAACAAGAACACAAGGAAAAACCGUGUAAUGGACCCUACUUCGUCUUCGAGAAAUCGUCCUGUGCAAAAAUAUAUUCUGUUUUCGUGAAAACACCAAAGCGAUAGCGUUUGAAGAGUUUAUAUUGUCAGAAAACAUUCACAGGGAAGAUAACGAUUGAAAAUCCAAGGUAAGCGUUACGUUGCUUUUCAUUGUUGUUUUACUGAAACAUGUUGUUCACUCCUAUACAAACGCCAUUUUUAACUACGUUUUGGAUAGUUAACUAUACCGUAAAGCAUAGUUAACUUUAACUACUAUUUCACUACUUUUUAACUGCAGUUAAAAAGUAAUGAAAUGGUAGUUAAAACUAGUUAAAGUUAGCGCUAACUACGCUUUUAUACAACCAGCCCCUGGCAAAUAAAACAUGUAUUGUGUUUGUAUGAAUUAUAUACCUCCCCCUGCAACUUCAUGAUCAUAUAUACACUGUUAAUUUCAAGGAGUUAUUUUAACUCCACCAUAGGAGUUAAAACUACUCAACUCGGGAGAGUAAAAAUUGUGGAGUAAAAUCUACUCCCAAAAUAGAGUUAAAACUACUCCACUUCGGCGCGCAUUCUACAAUUUACUCCAUCAGGAGUCAAUUUUACUACUUAGGAGUAGAAAUUAUGGAGUAAUUUGUACUCCUUAAAAUUUUACUCCAGGGGUCGUUUCAACUCCCAAAAAAGAGUAAAAUUGUUCUGGAUCUGGAGUAAAUUAUUACAAUAUAUAAUUAAUGUGCCUGAGAAUCCAAGAGUUUUUCUGCUGGAGGCUAUAUUAAAGUAUUGAAUACAGUCAGAUGCGAAAAGCACGAAGUUCGAGAUAUAAAGUCUUUUUUUUUAAUUUUACGUUUAUGGUUACUCGAAUGUUGCCAAGUCAGAUUGAUGCCAUUGAUGUAUUAUACUGUAUAUCGGCUCUCUGUAUCGGCUUCCGUCGCACGCGACGAUCGAAUGUAGCCAGAAAUUUAUUUAUUUAUUUAUUUAUUUAGCUUUGCCAACUAGGGCAGGGUCACCACAACAGCAUAUGCCAAUUACUGUGGGCCCUUUUUUACCUAACCCACCCUGUCAACUUUCCCUGUGGGAGGAAACCGGAGUACCCGGGGAAAACCCACAGCUUUCGGCAGAGCGUUGACUUUUACCCUUUUCACAUGGGGACUGGGUUCGAGUCGCACUGAGAAGGUACUUAAGUGAGGCUCGAACCUGCAGCCUCAGAGGUGAAAGGCAAGUGCGCUAACCACUUGGCCACCGAAGCCCCUUAAAUUGAAAUUGUCAGCAAGUCAUCUAUAUUUUUUUAUUUGCUGGCCUAAAUCUGUAAUUUGAACGUGUGGAAUGUUCUGCGGCUGAUUUCUGCUGAAUAUAAUUUGCGACAAGUGGAAGUUCCAGAUUUUCAACCAAUUAGCAUGCUUAGAAUAUAUCACGUGUUGUAGUAAUUCGAUAUGGUUCACACCAGUGGUUCACACAAAGACCAAGCGCCAAGUUCAAUCCUUCGGGAGCAAACAUUCAAAGGGGGAAUGAUAUUUAUUCAAAUUUUCUACUUAUAAAGUUCCAAAGAGCUAAUAAGAUACAUGGAAUUUGUUUUCAAAGGUAUGUUUAUUGUGUAUUUACUUAUUUGUGUGCGGAAAGUUACUUGAUAUACUGUAUAGUUAUAUUUUUAAAUCGAAGACGAAGGCCUGCAUUUUAGUCGCUUCGCCGCCGAUUUGCCGAUCUAGACGUUCAGUUUUAAUUUUCGAUUAAUUUGUAUUAGCAGAAGUCCAUAAGUCUAAUCUACAGUCUCUAAUUAUAUGUGUUGUUAGCCCCGUUUACACGAGCAAAUUUUAUUUGACAAAUUUCAUUUCAUCAAAAGCAUAAUUGUUCAAAUGCAUUUGUCACAAAUUUAUCAUCUACACGAGCAAAAUAUCUCUGACAUAUGAAAUUUGUCAAAAAAAAUUUGCUCGUGUAAACGGGGCUUAAAAUUUGUGUGAUAUACAUGUAUGUUGUAUUUCGUGUUAAAUAUGUAUACUUUAAUAUAUACGUGAUCUGUUCGAAAUGCAGUCACAUUUGACAGCAUUGCAAUAGCCCAUCUAAUAUUACCCAGUGUAUGGCAUGUGCUUGCUGUGGUAGCCCUCCUAUCGGCUAUCAGUCAGCCUAAAACAUGUGUAAGGGGCUGCUUAUAUAGAGGCGAGCCACCCAGGUAACCUGGCUAUAGCUCGCUUUCCCUGGAUGAAUGUCUAGUUACAUGAGCCUCUUUAGAUGGGCGGCUUGCCAAAACAAAUCACCCAGACUGAGUUAUAUAGUACAAGCACAUUUUGCAAUAAAGUGAACCAACAAGUGAUCAAUCACUCAUACUUUUGCAGACAGUCUCGAAAUGUAUAAACUGACAAAAAUAAUCACAGAGAUCUUUUUACCCAGGGCCCAGGGGUAAUACUGUGCCAAAUCGUGGGUGAUUGUAUAUAAUUUAUAUGGAAAAUCCUAGCUUGGCAUUAGCAAGAUUUUGGGACAAUGAAUUUUGGGUCAAUUAUGCACAGGUCUAUUUUAAACACCCUUUACCAGAAAAGUUGUAUUCAUUUGGAUGAUGUUAGUUCAAUUGCAUGCUUACAUUAAAUGAGUAAAAGCAUUUGAAUUUUGUAUUUCUUGCUUUGUAUAUAUGCAAACAACCAAAAAUAGCAAAUUCAUUGUCAAUCAAUCAAUAAUUUUUAUUUUGUGUGUGUUGGUGUUAUAAAAUGUACUCAGGUGAAUAUAUGAUGUUUGUGAUGUUACUGUGAGCAAGCUGAAAAGUUAGCUUGGCCACAGUGGGAAUCGAAAGGUCUGUGACCGUGGCCAAGCUAACUUUUCAGCUUGCCCAGUGUGGAUGCACACUCAGAGAGAGAGUCAGUGGCGUAGCCAGCCCGACAAUUUAGUCCCGCUAUGCAAAUUCAAAAUUAUUAUCAUUAUUCAUUUCUUUAGAAAUUGAUUGUUUUCACAGUCAAUGAACAUGAAAAUAUUUGCAUAGCGGGACCAAAUAGUCGGACUGGUUAUGCUACUGGUGAGAGUAACAUCACAAACAUCAUAUAUUCACCUGAGUACAUGACACCAACACACACAAAAUAAUCGUAUCAUUGAAUACCCCUGUACACUGAUAUCGAAGGAACUAGACUCAGUUCCAUAUGAUGCCUAAUAUAGGACAAGAAAUUUUAACUUUCGUGUUUAUUCCUAGGAGUAAGGGGGACUAAUGAAUGUAGUGGUCGUCGCCCUGCAGUGUUUCCGGUUAUUAUAUUAUUCUCAAAUUUCAAGACUUCAAGUAUCUUAUAUUAUCGAGUAACCCGAGUUUCGACCACGUUUUGUUCUGUUUAUUCACUAGUUUAAAAGCUAUAUAAUAUACAUAUACAUAUGUAUUGUGUUAAAAAGCUUUCCGAAUGGAAAAAAAAGAAAGAAAGCGAACCCGUUUACGAUGGAGAACGUACAACGCCGCUGUUCCGAAAACCAAGCAAAAAUUGCAAGCGUCAAAAAUCAUUUCCAUGCUUUGCGCGAUACAUGCUUGUCGGAUUUCCUUCAUGUCGGUCUUGACGAAGAAGAAGCGAUAGUUUUGUUGGCGACGAAGCUCACAACAAACGGAGUAGUAGCUUUGCGAAAUGCUGUGUGUUUUGUACCGAACAAUAUCGUGUCGCAACCUCGGGGUUGUGCAGUUGGGCUACGCACAGCGCUCAUCCAUCAAGUGUUGUCGAAAUCGCACCCUUUGCCGUUUGCUACUAUGACGGAGAAAGAUCUCGACUCAUAUUUAACCUUUUUUGAACGCCACUGUCGUCAAUUCAUUGUUUCGAAUUCGCUAAACAAGGAGCACAUUUUUAGUGCAUUUCAGAAAGCCAGCGGCGGUCUGUUGGCAUCCAUGUUUUUAUCUCCGCCUGUAAAUUCCUGUUUGAGUUGUGACGGCGGCCUGACGAUGCACAAUUCACCAUCAAGUGCAAGAUUAUAUGGCAUGAGUGGUCCAGUUGCUGUAUCGAAAGUGACACUCGAAUGCAAACAUUGUGACAUUAAAUAUGGUAUCACCAGAUAUUCCAGCAAGGAUGGGUCCAGAUACUAUCCAAAACAUGUGGCUGAUAACAUCACUGUAGUGGAGGUCACCAAUUGCACAUACAUGCAUGUUGAUUUGUACAUGUGGAUUCCAUCUUUAAGGUAUGACUUCUUGUGCAAUUUCAUUUUUUUUGCUUAAUACUUAGUAUCCCACAAAUACCUGACAACAUGUCAUCACUGUAGUGGACGUCAUCACUGUAGGUCUACAUACAUCAUAUUAAAUUAAUUACAUGUGUUUUAACAAUUAUAUUUGUAACUCUGUUCAUUUAAAAAACAAAACAAGGAAAACUACCGUGCUCACUUCGGAUGAAAACAUUGACGAAAAGCUGUGACACACUUUGCUUUUAUUGCAGAUAGUUUUUCGUUGUAAAUACAAUAUAUAAUAUCGACUGCCCGGCCAUGGGGACAAGUAAGAGUAAAAAUGCCCCACACUGUCCGGGGUCGCACCUGGAAUUGACUGAUACAUUAGUAUCCAACAAAUACCGAGGUUGUCAACUCACAAAUUAAAACAAUACUUUGCCCUGUGUUCUCCCUAUUUUUCAGUUUUUACAGCUUACUUUUAGUUAUUUAAUGUAAUUAUUAUUUUUAAUUAAUAUACUAGUAAUCAUUCCUGGGUAUCCUUCAGUGGGUUUUCUGAAACUUACAAUGAGGUGUAUCACAAAGAAAUUGAGGUGUACAGAAGUAAGUAAAUGAACAGGCUACUCAGAUUAUCAAUGCAAAUUUCAGGUGCAAAUUCCCUCUGUUUGAUUCUGUUUUGGAAAAUUUCAAGAAGCGAGAAAGGGGGAGGGAGAGGGUGGAGUCCUCGAUUGGUACUGAACUAUUGUAUAAGUGAAGCAAUUUAAUUGGCAUCAUUGAUUGGGCCCCUUUGAUCCUUGUUCAAAAAGCUAUAUCUGCCUGCUUUCUCAUAGUCGUUGUAAUUUCUUAAAAGAUGACCUGCUCAUGUUUAUCUUCAGUAUUCUGUUUUUAAUUGAUUGGAUGUAAAAUGAUGUCAUUCACAGUGAUAUGCAAUUAGUAUCCACCAUGAAUUAGAAGCAAACCUUUCAUAUUAUUCAACUUAUUGCCAGUUUAUGUUUGUCGGGGUGACCCGUCUCUAUAAUUAUUUGCUUCACAGAAAUUUAAUUAACAAAUAUAAUUGGUACAAUCAAUUUGUUGUUUGUUUUUUAGAAUUGGAUCAAAAAGGUGGUUGCAGGUAUUCAGAUCCUGGAAUGCUGUGAAAGGGCCCUGCUGGACCUGUUGGAACAUUCUAUUGGGUGAACAUCAAAUGAUGUGUGGAGUGAAAUGAAAUGAAAUGAAAUUUCGAUUCAGUGUGACUGAUAUAAUUGGAAUGGUAUAGAUAAUGAUGAUUUUAGUGAAUUAUGUUAUGAUGCAUGGACUGUGAUGAUGUUGGUGAAGCUUGACUUAUAACAUAGAUAUAAAGUGAUGAUACUGGUGAUAUAUGAGUUGUAAAAUGAUAUGAAAUAUAAGUGAUACAUAAGUCUGAACAUUCAAGCUAAAAUGAGACAUGAAUAGUAAAACUGUGACGUGUAUGACUCGAUUGAUUGUUUUUGUGAAGAUCGCGCAGGCAUAACCCGGGUGCGUUUGCGGACACGCCGCAGGGGAUAUUCGAAGACUAUCCCAUAUACAGGAUGUGUUUAUGUAUUCCUAACAACAAUAUAUUGAACUAGCCGAAGGGUGUCGAUGACAGAAAUUUUCCUUUGACGGUGCGCGAAAAGAAACAUUUGAUGAGGCCUCUUGUUGGUAAAGCAAGGUUGGCCACGGCAGUUGGCGCUGGGUCUAUUAUCGAGGUCAAUGGUACCUUUGGAAAAAAGCCUUGGAAUAAUAACAGAAGUUAACCAGAUGCAUUAAAUAUUUACAACUAAAUCAUUUUUUAUUAACAUAGCCAUAGACAUAGUCAUAAAUAGAAGGCAAGUAGCGUGGGCAAUCAUGACACAAUUUAUCACUUCGAAGAACUAUUUUACGACGAUUGUGAUUAAAUUGAAUUGCUACAGUAGUUGCUACGUAAUUUAGUUUGAACUAACCAAAUCAUGCUUAUGAUGUUACUCUAAGUGUGUAUCCACACUCAGAGUAACAUCACAAGCAUCUUACUCACCUGAGUACACUACACCAAAACAACAAAUGACCAAAUCAUGUUCUGACACAUGAUUUUUAUUACUCACAUAAUACAAGGUAGAACAAGGCAGUUAUUCGAUUAGGUGUUUGUGAUGUCAAGAAUUUAUAUAACGGGCAAGGUCAAGUUAGAAAACAUACACUUCCAUUUGGGGUGAGGCGGUUUUUCGGUAAACCGAAAAAAAACACGAUGUUUUUUGAAAACUGAAAUACUCGAUGGUACUUUUGAAGAAAAACCGGAAAAACUGAGGAAAAACGAAAAAAAUCGGUAUUUUACUAAAAUGGAACCAUACUUAUACGAGUUUGUUGCAGAUGAAUCCAGUUUUGGCAUUUACACACGAAAAACUAAACUCUUCAAAAUAUAAAGUCUUCAAAAUAUCUUACGUUUAAUAUCUUGCGUGAGUACUGAGUGAGUAGCGUGUUGUGCCUUUUUACUGUAGUUUCGAUUUUCGAACGUAUUUUUUAUUUUUUUUAAAAAACCGGUUUCGGUUUUUUUUUAGAAACCACCUCACGCUACUUCCAUUGUAAGUUGUAACAGCAUAAAAACAUUGGUAAACACGUAUACUUUCUAAUUAGCUUUAAUACUACUUUAAUACUAAAGUUCCGAUAAACAAUUCUGUUUUUACACAAACGUAUUCUGAAGUCGUUCGUUCAUGUUGAUUUCUUUGUAUUUUCACCCGCGCAUGUAGCUAUUACCUAAUCACAAAGUUUCUUUUUUCCCUUCGUUUUUCAUGCAGCAUUUGUUUUAUGUACAUGUACUUAGCCCUUAUAGGAAAUUUGCAAGCAGUUUCUCUAUAGUUUGACAUAUUACUAUUAAUUUGAUUAUUGUUCACAGGUAUGGAGCGGCAUUCAUUCAUUCAUUCAUUUAUUAAUUAUUCACCAUAUAAUACAAUACAACUAUACGCUAAUCCGCAAAUAGCAAAUGCUAAUCGAGGCUAUGUCGCUCAUAUAACUUUUAUCUUAUCCAAACGGAGCUAACUUAAAUUUUGAUAGGUCAUACAUGCGAUUUCACGAAAUAUUGACUGAGUCUGAGAUAUCAUGCAGCGUUUAAACUUGGCUAAGCAUUCUCGCAAGAGUCAAAAAUUAGUCAAAAAUGACCGAUUCAACUAACGUGAUAACAUAACGCUGGGCAUCGCAAGUGUUACUUACUGGGAGAGCUAUAGUGGUGACUAAACGCCAAGAUUUACUGUGGCCAUCAAUUUCAGAUUUGACAGUGUCCAAUUUUUUUUGUGGCUAGUUAAAAUCAAUAUCAAAUUUGGAGUAUAUGCUACAUCAUCUUAUUCCUCUAGUACUUGGCCAGGAUACCAUUAUAAUACCUCUUACUACCUUAUUCCUUUUGUACUUGGCCACAUAUAUACAAUAUCAUUAUAAUACCAUUAGACUCUUAUUCCCUCUUACUCCCUUAUUCCUUUAGUACUUGGCCACAAUAUCAUUAUAAUACCAUUAGACUCUUAUUCCCUCUUACUCCCUUAUUACUUUAGUACUUGGCCACAAUAUCAUUAUAAUACUAUUAGACUCUUAUUCCCUCUUACUCCCUUAUUACUUUAGUACUUGGCCACAAUAUCAUUAUAAUACCAUUAAACUCUUAUUCCCUCUUACUCCCUUAUUACUUUAGUACUUGGCCACAAUAUCAUUAUAAUACCAUUAGACUCUUAUUCCCUCUUACUCCCUUAUUACUUUAGUACUUGGCCACAAUACCAUUAUAAUACCAUUAGACUCUUAUUCCCUCUUACUCCCUUAUUCCUUUAGUACUUGGCCACAAUAUCAUUAUAAUACCAUUAGACUCUUAUUCCCUCUUACUCCCUUAUUACUUUAGUACUUGGCCACAAUAUCAUUAUAAUACCAUUAGACUCUUAUUCCCUCUUACUCCCUUAUUACUUUAGUACUUGGCCACAAUACCAUUAUAAUACCAUUAGACUCUUAUUCCCUCUUACUCCCUUAUUACUUUAGUACUUGGCCACAAUAUCAUUAUAAUACUAUUAGACUCUUAUUCCCUCUUACUCCCUUAUUACUUUAGUACUUGGCCACAAUACCAUUAUAAUACCAUUAGACUCUUAUUCCCUCUUACUCCCUUAUUCCUUUAGUACUUGGCCACAAUAUCAUUAUAAUACUAUUAGACUCUUAUUCCCUCUUACUCCCUUAUUACUUUAGUACUUGGCCACAAUAUCAUUAUAAUACCAUUAGACUCUUAUUCCCUUUAACUCGUUUAUACUAAUUUAACUGAAAGCAGCAAGUGACCCCAAAAGAAUAAUUGUGCAACUAGUAUAAACAUUUAAAAAUUGCAAGCAAGCAACACAAAAUGGAUUAAACAUUCAAAGAUUUUAGUACUUUUUGCUCCUAGGAAUAAGAGAAAAAAAUGAAAAGCGUUGUCCUAUUUCAGGCAUGGUAUAAGAGUGGCAACGAAACGUAUGAGAAUAAGAAUAAAAUAUAUCUUGACACACACAUAGCCAUGCACCUGCGGAAUUAACAGCGUCUUCUAUCUUACAAGAUGAACAUUACUGCAAGGUAUGGCUGAAAAGUGUUCUUGAUUUUAACAAAAGCGUUUAGUGUUUACAAUAAAAUUUUGAAUGAUUAGAAAAAGAUUAGCAUUUGUAUGUUGCGAAACGUCGGGAUGACCGUUGAAAAACCAUGAUAAACGCAUUUUGCUUGUUGAAUUUAACCAUUUGGAACCAAGUAAAUGUGCAGCGGAAGCAGAAAGAACAGCGCGAUGAGCAGCAUAUCGGCCACAGUCAAAGAAGAAAUGACUGAAAGUCUCACUGGUUGAACCACAAGAACAUAAUGGCGAUGGCAUGCAAUUUAUUAAGAACAAAUAAUUAUUUAAGGUACAAUGAAACAGGCGAAAACGGGUAUGAAGUAUGGAGGCGUAGCGAUUACCAAUGUAGAACAAUGUAUUUGGAAUUGGAUCGUCACGCCAAAUUUUGAGAUUGGUUUUAAAAUGAGGUAAAGAUUCAGAAGUUCGAACGUUUAAUGGCAAGCUAUUCCAAAGUUUAAUUUGAAGAAAUGGCAAAAUAUUUUUGAAGACGUUCUGUCCUAGCAAAUGGAACACAAAGGUCAUCAUGUGUCUGUAGCAUAUAAGCUGAUUUCGUGCGUAUGUGUUCAGGACACAAUUCAAGUAGGUAUGGUGGUGCUAAAUUAUUCAAAAUUUUGAACAUCAUAAAAAGCUUAUGAUCAGAGCGUCAGGAUCUGAGCCUAACCCAAGCUGUUUCCUUAAGUAGACUUUCAUGACUCGUUCCUUUUAUAGCACCCGUAACUAAUCGAGCCACAUCGAUCUACAAUUUUUCAAGAAGAUCACUAUCGGUUUCUGUACAACCAUCCCAAAUAAUGUAAUCUAAACACGAUUGAACUAAUGAUUUAUACAGAACAUCAAGGGUUUUUCUUUUUAGAAUGAACUUUAAGAGUUUAAGCAUAUUUAGUUUUUUAGAAGCCUUUUGAUGAAUUUUCAAGAUAUGAGGGCGCCACAAAAGAUUAAAAUGCAAGUGUAACACCUAAAUGCUCAUGAGAAGUGACAGCCCUAAUUAUUGUAUUAGUCAUAUAAAGUGGCGGAUGAAAUGGUUUGUCCCUUUUACAUGUGAAAAUCAUGGUUUCUGUUUUUUCGGGGUUCAUAGUGACAAGCCAUUGGUUUGACCAAGCCACAAUUGUAGAGAGAUCAUUAUUUAAUUUGUUAGCCGAAUCGACCAGCGAAAUUACUUCCUCCAUUAAUAAUGAGUCAUCAGCAAAUAGAAAACAGUCAGAUGAAAUAUUAGUUGCAAUAUCAUUGAUAUAUAUUAGAAACAAAAGAGGGCCAAGUACAGAUCCCUGUGGAACCCCAGCUUUAACAUUUUUCCAUUUAAAACUAGUUCCUUCGGUUGUAACACGUUGCUGCCUUCCAGUUAAGUAACUUUCGAACCAAAGUAACAAUGAGCCGUUUAUUCCAAUACUCCUUAAUUUAGCAAUUAGGCCUUUGUGCCAGACUCUAUCAAAUGCCUUGGAAAUAUCAAGAAAGACAGCUCUUACUUUGUUACCCCUCUCUAAUGCAUUAUAAAUCUUGUUCACAAUGUAAAUUAACUGCAUAACUGUAGAAUCACAAGGACGAAAACCAGACUGAAAGCGAUAAAAAAAUCCACAGUUUUCGAGAAAAUUAUAUAAUCUCAUAAACAAUUUUCUCACAAAUUUUGGAUAAAUUGACUAAUAAUGAUAUAGGGCGAUAAUUAUUCCUUACUUGUCUGUUGUCUUUUUUAAAUAGUGGAAUCACAUUGGCAAAUUUCCAAGCAUUUGGAUAUUGGCCAAGGCGAAACGAGGUAUUUAAUAAGCGAGUAAAAGGUUUGUGAAUACCAAUAGCGCAAAGUUUGAUAAUUCGAUUGCUGAUAUUAUCCAAGGAUAUUGGACAGGAUAUUGUUGAAAGAUUUCCCUACCAAUUUACUGCGGCCUCUUUUGAAAUUGAAGAUUUUUAAAAGCAUUAUAUUAUUUGCUCUGUCUGUGUGUUACUUUAAGUGUACCCUGGUUUCAGAGGCUCUUUGCCUCAAGAAACAAGAGGCGAGAAAGGAGAGCCUCUGGUCACAUCAGGGCCGUAUCACCAGGGGGCAGUAAGGCUUAUAUGUUGAAAAAAGUCCUAAAUAUCCACAGAAUAAUUAAUGACAUUCUAAAAAUUGUAAAUACAGUUUUCUUUAGGGGGCAGUUGCCCCUGCCGCCCCCUCCCCUAUGCUGUGUAUGGCCCAGGAUGACAUUAAUUGCAACUUCCACACUUGAUUAGGUUCAGAAUUUGAAUCUUGCAUGUGAUUGGCCAUUUGUAAAAAUAUGUCAAACCGGUUUGGGAAAUAAACAUUGCUGUAAGCUAAUUAUAGCCUGUAUUAAAAUUUCUAUUAAACUCAACCAAGCAUGUAUUACAUGUCCUGCAAAACUGAUUAACCCAUUAAGUGCCAGCGCUCUCCCCUUGACAAGUAAAAUCGUCUGGCAUUAGACAGAGUAAAAUACUAAAGUAGGGUGCAUCAGGGUGCAAUGCGACUCAAUGGAUUAACUAGACACAUGGGCAGAUAGGCCAGUUAACCCAUUAAGCGCCAGCACUCUCCCCCUGACGAGUAAAAUCGUCUGGCGUUAGACAGAGUAAAAUACUAAAGUAGGGUGCAUCAGGGUGCAAUGCGACUCAAUGGAUUAACUAGACACAUGGGCAGAUAGGCCAGUUAACCCAUUAAGCGCCAGUGCUCUCCCCCUGACGAGUAAAAUCGUCUGGCGUUAGACAGAGUAAAAUACUCUGGCGUUAGACAGAGUAAAAUACUAAAGUAGGGUGAAUCAGGGUGCAAUGCGACUCAAUGGGUUAAUAUUAAUAUGUUUAUCUCCUGAGAAAUUUGAUACCUUUUUACCUGUAGAGUAUUAAUAUUCAUGCUUGGUUGAGUUUAAUAGAAUAUUUUAAUACAGGCUAUAAUUAGCUCACAGUAGUGAUUAUUUCCCAAACAGGUUUCACAUAUUUUUACAAAUAUUGAACCUAGUCAAGUAUGGAAGUGGGAUUUGCAAUCGAUGUGACCGGAGGCUCUCCGUUCUUGCCUCUUGUUUCUUUCACCUUACAAAGAGGCCUCUAGAACCAGGGUACACUUAAGAAUAACACACUGGCAGACAAAUUGCUGCAAUUGAACUAAGUACCAUGCAGUCAAUAUAUCCCUGCCUGCCCGAUUCGAAUCUAGGAAAUGUGGGGUUCAUGGGGCAAAGCAGGGUCACUGAGACAAAACCAGAUAUUUAUAUAAUCCAGCAAUAUUGAUUAUAUGAAAUAAUAUAAAAAUUCGAAUAUUUAUGACCCCUGUACGCCAACAAAAACAGUCAGAACGAAAAUGUCAAAACCUAACACACCCGUUAGUCAGUUGAAAGAAAAAGAAGUAAGAAAAAGCAACAAUAUGAACGAAAUUCAAGAAAUGUUUAAAACUGUACUAAAGAAACUGGAGAAGCUUGAUAGCAUGGAGAACGAUAUGAAAGAGAUUAAAGCAUCGCUCGAAUACGCGCAGGCAGAAAUCGUAGAUCUAAAGCAGGAAAAUGAAGUAAUGAAGAAAAGUCACGGAACAUCAAUGAAAAAAGUCGAAAAAUUGGAGCGAGAUAAUGAAAUGCUGCGCAACAAAAUCGUUGACCUUCAGGCAAGGUCAAUGCGAGAUAAUCUUUUAUUCUUUAACAUGCCAGAAAACGUUGAAGAAAAUACAACAGAAAUGAUACAUGACCUUUUGGAAAAUAAAAUUGGAAUUGAAGAUGCAAGAAAUAAAAUAAAGAUUGAUAGAUCUCACAGAGUUGGGUUAGGUAAGGAUGAACGCAAAGAGACUCAAAGGAACGAAAAUUGGAAUUUCGGAGCAGUUCCCAGAGGAAAUUGAAAGUAUUCGGAAGACGCUAUAUCCCGAGUUGAAAAAGGCGAAACGAAAAGGUAAAAGAGCCAAAAUCGUAAAGGAUAAACUGAUAAUUGAAGGGCAAGUGUAUAAUAGUCAUAUUAGUCAAAAUAGAUCUUGAAACACUAUCUAUUAAAUACUACAUUUAUAAUACUACAUUAUGGCUAGUUUAAAUCAUGUGGGUAGCAUAAAGGAAAGAUGCUCUUCUUGUUUAAAAAUAAUUAGGGAAAAGCAAAAUUUGCUAAAAUGUCUGACAUGUGGCAGAUGGUUUCACGCUGUUUCUUCCUGCGUGAAGUCACUCGACACCAACAUUGCCGCAGGAAGUUCAAACAACAUGUAUCAAAAUUGUUUAGCUGAAAAUUUACCAUUCCAAACACUUGAUGAUUUAGACUACCAAUUUACUGUAUUAAAACGGAAAUAAUGUUAGUGAACAGGAUAUGGAUAGACUAAGGCAUUUAAAAUUUAAUCCUUUUGAAGCAGAUAGAAAUAUUGCAUUGACAGAACACAAUGGGAAUUUGAAUAAUUUAGCAAAGAUAAACUGUGAAUAUUAUCUACCAAAUGACUUCAAUCAACUGGUAAAAAAAGAAAAUUUUAAUAAUAAAUUUUCAAUGAUGCACUUAAACAUUAGAAGUUUAAAUAAUAAAUUUGAUACAUUUAGACAAUUACUAAACUCAUUAAUUAUACCAUUUCAUAUUAUAGGAAUAACUGAAACCUGGCUAAAUGGUAAUAGUGAUGAUCUUUUUAAGUUAGACAAUUACGACUUUGUAAAUGUGAACAGAACCAAUAGAAGCGGAACCAAAUGAAAUGAAAUACAAAAUACGCAGUGAUCAAAUCAUAAAUGAUGAAAAUAUAGUUGAAUCUGUUUUUAUUGAAAUUAUAACCCAUAAAAAGAAAAAUAUAAUAAUAGGUGUAAUUUAUAGACCACCCAAUAGUAAAUAUGACUUAUUCGAAAAUGAAAUUAACAAAAUACUAAGUAAAAUUGACAAAGAAAAUAAGAUAUGUUAUUUGAUGGGAGAUUUUAACUCAAUUCGAUCCGCCAAUAUUAAUUUCCGACGUAUAUGACUGGAAGAUUAAAUAUUAAAGAACUUCGCGAGUAUUUGCAGUAGACAUACGAAAAUACCACCAAAAAAUUCCGCUUGAUCGAUACUAUAUAUUCAGAAAUAUUCAUAUAAUUUUAUUGUUUCUCGCUCAAUUUCAAGCGAAUUUCUUACCUUGAAAUGAUCAAUGCGGUGAAAUUUAUGCAAAUGACACAUUAUCAAUUUUGCUGUUGCAUUUUGAAUGUUCCGCCUGAUUCAAAUGCUCGUCUUUUUGCUUCUUUUCAACGUAUAAUAAUAACAAAUAUACCAAAAGAAUCGCCAUCUUCCAUUCUAUAGCUCGGAGCAGUCUCGGGAAAUUGCAAAAUAAUCUAAGCCUAUUAUGGCAAUUCUCGUGAUCGGAAAGUGUUCGGCCAACUUCGGACGCCAAAUUCUUGGUAAAGCAUUACAGUUUCCUGGUAAAAGACUGCAGGAAUCACUUCCGGAGUGUUUGUUUACCCUAGAUACGGAUUUUGAUUGGCUUAGGCAGAAAAACAAAUCUUUUAGAGCAAUUUUCCUGAUUAUCGCGCACGGGAACGCACGAGCGUUGAAAUGUAUUGUGUUGUAGUUUUGUUUGAAUCGCAUUCUGAAGACGUUUUUGGCUUUAUUUUGCAAACUGAUAGUGCUAGUAAUGAUGGAAUGUCUUCGUAUGAAGACAAGUAUCUCAACCUGGCAUUGGGAGUCGUGUCUGGAGUUUCAAGGCAAGUAUUUGUAUCAUUUCUAGACAAUUUCUAUUUCAAUGUUUUGCCGUUGCCAUGGCGUUGUAAAUUUAUUUGUAUUUAGUAUAGCUUCACUAGUACGACCAAGUAUGUCCUCAUAUCGCUUUUUUGUGUUGAAAUAAUCGUUUCAUACUGAAAUUGACAAAUAUAAAUGGUAUUUAUUUAUAUUGUUGACGAAAAUUUAUGGUGUUUUAGGCAUAAAAAUCUCUGAUUCCUAGGCGAAGUAAAAUGAGCCUUGAGCACAUGUUUGGUUGUUUGUUACAUACAUAAUAGCCAAGUAUUCAUACUUAUAUCUUACUAGUUGGCUCUUAUUAUAAUUUUAAGUGGCACCAUGUCUAUAAAAGUUUUUAUUCGCACUGAUGAAUAUAUUGAUCCUGUUCCUAUCUGCUGUUCCUGUUUCAUAGCCUCAGGGAAGUAGAGUUCUGAUGAGUCAUGAGAACCCCACUCACCAACCCAGAGGGAAGGUAGGGGGAUGAGUAGAGGUAGAGGGAAGCCCAGCCAUUAGGACCUAAGGUUUCGAAAGCUCCCUGUCUAGCAUCCCCACUAGGCCCCAUAGUACAUGACGGAUAUGAUGAUCCUGACGCCAGGAAUGUUCUCCCAGAUUUUGCUCCUCACUGACAUGUCCGGGAUCCAUUUCGAUCAACUGUGAGCUUGAGUUCAUUCAGGCUCAAUGAACUGUGAGCUUGAGUUCAUUCGACUCUUUUUUACUAAGGGAAUGCUUCAGGAGGUAGUUUCCUGGCCAUACCAAUACAUAUGCCCACAUACAAAUAACUCAAAAGUUAUCCCCAUAUACUAAUAAAAGAAGGGUCUUGCAGUCCACCAACCUUGAGAGGUUGAUUGCCUUUUAGUAUAAUAUGCAGGUUUGCUAAAGUCGACAGUGAGAUUGAAAAUUAUUGGAGUGUAAAAACCUUAUAUCAUGGUCUGUGGGCAAUAGACAUAAUUUCUCGGGUUAGGUACAAAGCGCUUAUGGCGUUUGUGAAUAUGGUAGAUCCUGUACUAAAGACUACAGCAAUAAACUGCAUCAACAACUGUACCAGCCGUCACAGAAUAUUGUUGUUGCAGACAAACACACUGUCAAAUCAAGAAAUAGGUUGGGGGUUAGGCAGUUCAUGAAAGCUAGAUGACCUACUAUGUGGGGAAUAAAUCUGUGGGUUGCUGCAGACAAUCCUAAUGGUUAUAUUGCGACUUUGAAAUUUAUACAGGAAGAAGUCCAGAUAUUCAUCGCAACAGAUUUGGGUAUGACGUGGUGAUCUGAUAUCAGUUUGGUUACAGUCUUAGGUCUUUUGUAGUACAAUAUAAAGGAAAUAUUUUCACCACAUAAUCCAAUUAUGUGCUUUGGCAAACAUUACUGCUUUAGCAAACAUUACUGCCUUGGAAAACAUUACUUUUUUAUAACUACUAAUUAUGAUGAUGCCAGCCCAACAACACUUGGUCAUGCUAUUUGCAAAUAUUUUCAUGUUCUAGAUUGUGAAAACAAUCAAUUUCUAAACAAGUGAGUAGUGAUUAUUUCAAUAGCAUGACCAAAUUUUGAGGCUGGUUAUGCCACUAAUAACUAAAGUCAAUGGUGUAAUGAUUAUCUAAGAAUGUAUGUAGUAAUUGUAGAAAUAAAGACAUUUUGCUAAUCAUGAUUUGAGUGUUCUUUUGUGGGUAUCACAGACUUAUUUUGGUGCCAUACUAUCUUUGGAGAGUAAGAAAUAUUGGAAAUUUGUAUUGAUAACAUGUUGCAGCAAUAAAAAAGGACCUUUGAUAAAGGUAUUUGUUUCAUGUGAGCACAAAAUGUAAAUUUUACUCCACUACCUAGUUUAUAUAAAAAUUCAAUAAAAAUAUUUCUAUUUAUGCUACAUGCAUGAAACUUCGGGUACUUGUAGAUCAUAACCGUGUCUUUCAGUCAUAUUCAUAAAUUUUUUUGACAUAUUUGAAAUUUGAACCGCUAAAUACAUUUAUGCAUAAUUGCAACAUUUUUUUAUAUCAUAAUUUAUGCAAAUUUAUGCGAGUAAAUCGUUAACUAAGCUCCGGAUGAAAUUGAAAUUGGUAUCGUUGGAAAGCAGAAGUCCUCCUCUUUCGAACGAUGCAAUUUCUGUUUCCGUGCGAUGUAUAGUUUGAGAGAUAUAAGCGUUUGAAACAACACCACUCGAAAUUGCUACUUUUCGACCGUAUGAGAAUGAGUUAAUAUCAACCUGUUAAAAUCAGAAUCUUGUGAUUAUGCUAGUAGAUUUCUUGAACAAUUACUUACAUCAUCGUAUAUUCCACUUAUACUAAAACCAACAAAAAUCACACAGCUACACUUAUCGACAAUAUUUUUACUAAUGAUAUUGAAAUUACAAAUUCUAGUUCAAAUGGAAUAAUUUUCUCUGAUAUUUCUGAUCACUUGCCUGUCGUACAUGUACGUAAUUCUGAAACACACAAAGAAACUCUUCCGAAAAAUGAAUACGUUUUGAAUAGAAAUAUUAAUGGUUGAAACACCCAAUCAUUUACCAACACAAUCAAAGGUCUUUCUUGGGAAACAGUUACUUCAAACCAUGAUGGAAUAGAGUCAUAUAAUAAUUUUUUAAAUAUAUUUUCAUCAACCUAUGAAGAAAACUUUCCGUUAACCAAAAAGAAGGUAAAAACAAAAACUGACAAAAGAAAAAGCCCAUGGAUGACCAAAAGUAUUGCUAAAUCAGUUAGGAUAAAAAAUAAACUCUAUAAGAAAUUUAUGUGUCACCCUACAACCAACAACCAACACAAAUACAAACAAUAUAAGAAUAAGCUGAAUCAUAUUAUAAAAAUAGCAAAAAAGAAACAUUAUGAAGAACAAUUGAUCAAAUACAAAAAUGAACCAAAGUUAUUAUGGAGUACUUUGAAUGAAAUUAUGAACAAACGCAUGUGAGAAAGUAAUCUACUACAAAACAAUUUUCAGGAACCAAUCCUGGAGAAAUAAUAAGCAAUCCUCACGAAAUAGCCAAUAAAUUUAAUGAGUACUUUACAAGUAUUGGGCCAGGGAUUGCCAGUAAGCUUCCAAAUAUUGAAAAAACAUUCAAUGAGUACUUAUCUAACAGAUGUAAAAACAGCUUUUUUAUUGAACCAGUCACUAAGUUCGAGGUAGAAGUUGAGAUAAAAAACUUAAAUUCCCAAAAAAGUCCAGGAUAUGAUGGUAUAAGUACAAAAAUUAUCAAAAAUGUUGCAAAAGAAAUUUCUGAACCUCUCUCAUAUAUAUAUAAUUUAACAUUUGUCAGUGGAAUUAUUCCAGAGACAUUAAAAAUUGAUUUAGUCACUCCGAUUUUCAAAGAUAAUGAAAAAGAUAAAUUUAAUAAUUAUCGACCAAUAUCUGUCAUUACUUGUUUUGCUAAAAUUUUGGAAAAGCUUAUGUAUAAGGGAUUAACCAAAUUCAUAGCAAAAAAUAAGAUACUCACUAAACAUCAAUAUGGUUUUAGAGAGAAUAGAUCAACUGAACUAGCAAUAAUUGAACUUACUGAUAGAAUUACAAAAGCAAUUGAUAAGGGAGAAUAUACAUUAGGUAUAUUUCUUGAUUUAUCAAAAGCUUUUGACACUAUUAAUCACAAGAUGAUUCAAAAACUAGAACACUAUGGUAUAAGAGGGAUAACACAACAUUGACUAAUAGAAAACACUUUUCAAACUAUUUGACUAAUAGAAAACAGAUUGUAAAAUAUAAUGAAAUAAGGUCAAAGGAAAUGAUAACUAAAACUGGUGUCCCACAGGGAUCAACUUUAGGACCAAUUCUUUUUCUGCUAUAUAUAAAUGACAUUGAAAAUAGUAGUAAAUUACUAUCAUUUAUAUUAUUUGCAGAUGACACAACUAUUUCUUGUAGCAACAGUUGUUUAAAAACUCCUAACAACACUAUGCAGACUGAAAUAAACAAAGUUACUGAGUGGCUAAACGCCAAUAAAUUAUCCUUAAAUUUUAAAAAAACUAAAAUGAUAUUAUUUAGGUCUUCAAAUAAGAAACCUAAAACAGAAAUAAAACUUAGAAUAAAUGAACAAAAUAUAAAACAAGUUAAAAAUACAAUAUUUCUCGGUAUUAUCAUUGAUUUAUGUUUAAUGUGGAAUGAGCAUAUAAUAUAGCUCAGGUGGCGAAAAAGAUCACUAGAGCCAACGGUAUUAUUGCUAAGAUUAGGUAUUUCCUAAAUCGAAAUACUUUGAAAUUAAUAUAUUAUGCAUUGGUCUAUCCAUGUCUUAUUUACGGCAAUUUAAGUAAGAGUUAAUUACCGAGGAGGGCUUUAUGCUAUAUACAGCCCCGAGAACGCGAAGCGUUCGAGGGCUUUAUAUGGCAUAAAGCCCGACAUUCGAGGUAAUUAACUGACUUAUUUCAUGAUUGAAGAGGUUUUCUAACAAAGUUUUAUCAGUUGUUUAUAAGAGUUAAGUGUUUUUCAUUUGCAAAAGACAUUGUGAAUAAAUAUAAACUUAGUAUAAAUGUGUCAAAGAAGAAAGCUUUGUGAAAAGAGUAAGGAACAGUAAACUUUGUAUUAAAAUACAUAUUUUACAGAUUUUUAUACAGUAAUAGUAUAAAGUAGCCAGAAUAAACCUAAACCAUCUUAAUUAAGUAUAUUUAAAUUAUUUACAAUAUGUUCCGACAUGUCACAUGCCUUCCUACUCAAUUUAUUAAAUGAGUAUUUAUUCAAGUUGUGUAUUCUUGGGUUACAUGUGACAUCACAAAAGUGACAGGGGGGGGGGGGGGGUCAACUCUAAAACAAAACACAGUUAUCAGAGUGAGUUGUUCGUUUUAUCUAUUAACCUUGUGUUUGGUGGCAAAUACAAGGAAUUUCAUAUCAUUUUCUCACAGCAUAAUCAUCAAUACAUUUGAGGUUGACCCCUGUCAGAUUCACUGCAUAAUGCUGUAGUGAAACCCAAGAAUAGAUUAAUUUUACAGACUUUUGUAAAAUCCCUAACAUUUGUUCAGAAACAACAAAUUUAAGGAAAGCCCCUUUUUUAAGGGGGGGGAUAAAUCUUGCCAAAAAAGACAAUAAAGGGAGGGUUAAAAUUUUUUGUAAUAUUAAAUGUGGGGUUAUUGAAAAAGGAUGUGUUGAUUAAAAAAGGGGGGAUAAGCAAAAAAGCUGUCAUAAAAAUUGAGGAACAAGAUUUUUUCAAAAGUGCAAAAGGAUGAAGACUAAAUUUCAGGAGGAUUUUUGGCCUUCAAAAAAAUUCAUAUCAUAUUCAUAUCAUAUUGAAUUAAAGUUGGCAUGUCAUGUUGAUUAUUUUGUUGAUGAAUGUUUUUUAGAUACUACAUAACCUUAAAUUUAACAAUAAUAUUAAUUCUGCAGCAUUUGAAAGCAUCAACCUGUCAAUUUUGGUCUAUAAAAAGCUUUAAAAAGUUGUCACAAGGGGGGGGGGGGGGAAAAGUUUAAAAAAGGGCAGGCAUUGGUAAGAAAUUUGCAAAAGGCAAUAAUGAAUCUGUUUGCGGUUGAAAAAGCAUUGAAACUGUAAAAGGUGUCUAAGGCCUCGUUUACAUGAGACCGGAACGAAGUCAAACCGGGACCAUUUCGUUUCGGUCAUAGUAUUAUUUAUAAUAGAUGUUUACAUGAGACCGGGACGAAAAUAACUCAGACCGGUCUCAAGUCAUUCCGCCUGCUAGACCGAACCAACUGACUUCAGACCGGCAUGAAUUCAGACCAGGAUGAAUGUAAACACAAAUACAUUUCAGACCGGUCUCGGCUGUAACCUUGACAUUGGAACAACACAUGCUAACAAAAGUCAUGUAAAAAAGAAAAUUGCUUGGCAAGGGAAAUAAAUUGAAAAUUUUGUGAUUUUCAUACCGGUCUCAUGUAAAUUACAUGUUGACAAUUUCAAUUUUCAUUUUGGUUUGACUUCAUCCCGGUCUCAUGUAAACAGGGCCUAAUAUAUGAUGGGCAGCAGUCUCAAAUGAUUUUCUAAAACUAACUAUAAUAUAUUAUAGUCAACAUUUUGAGUAAUGCCUUCUUUAGGUUGAAAAAAUCCAUCAAGAUUGAAGCAUCAAUACAACCUGCACUAAUUCAUGCAUUUGUAAUUAUACUGUAAAGGACUACCUCUUAUUGUCCAUGCAAAAUUCUCAACUAUCUACAAAAUAUUAUUAGGCAAAGUCAGUUUAGAAAUGUUCUAUUCUUUUGACUGUUUUUCAUUUAAUUUUCGUUUUGGCAAAGGUUCAUCACUAUGCUGAACCACUUCUGUCAUUUCCCAGAAUGCCUGUCUGCUACUAACAUUACCUUCAACUGAUGAUGGUGCUAUAUCCAUAAAGGGUUUGCAAACUCAGAAACAUCCGGCCUCUUUCAUCAGCGGUAUGUUCCCCUUCCCUGGACCCAAUUGCUGCUUUCCAAUCCUCCAAGUACUUUAUGAAGGUAUUGUCCAGCCAUUGGUAUCACUAUCAUUUGUGCUUCAAUAUAAAUCCAGAACAUGGUUGUGGAGUGGACAUUGGGACAAUCAAGAAAGCUGUUCAUCAUUUUGCAGAACUUAGCAGUUUCAUCUGCUUCACCAGAUGGGUAAUGACGCUGAAGGGCUUCAGAAACGGUGUUACUUGAUGUAAUCAGCUGUCAACUUUGGUAAUUGGUGUAAAGCACAAUCAAGAUCAGAGAAAUACAUUUGUGCAAUGUGGUCCCACAGCAUGUAUUUCCCAUUGUUCCACAUGUAGCAAGUACGCUUCCUACUACCAGAGUUGAAUAAACAAUUCCUGGCUGUUUUUACCAAAUGUGGGAGGUCAGAAAAAUAGAUUUUUCUGUCAGGUGCAAAGACAUUGAAUGUCCAAUACAUGCCAUCUAUCUCUGUGCUAGCUACGUCAGCAUGGAGUUGAAAGAACAGAUGAUGUGGUGAGGCACCAUCACACACUGCUGCAAAAACCCACAGGUUACAGGGUUGCCACCGUGAAUUGGAAAGGUGGUGCUUACAGGAACAUUGAAAUAGACUUGUUUCAGGAAAACCGCAAUUGCGAAAUGAAGAAAUUGAUUAAGUCUAUGGGUGCUAACAAGACAGAAAAUGCAAUCGGCAGAGCAAGCAAAGCAUCAGGAGGGGUGACAAAGAUGGCCGAAGCAUUUGAGGAUCAGGUAAAGAUGCGCAAGAAGUCUUCAGCGCAUCCUGACAAGUCAGCAACUGAGGAUGAAAGGUUGAUAAGUAAGGACUUACAGGACUUACGACCUUUUAGGAAGGAAGAUGGUAGGAUGUUUGAAACAUUUGCUGGCAUUUCACACAACCCUAUACAAGAUGUUAAUGAACAAACAUGAAUGGACUGACAGAUAUAAGAACAAUAUUCUGAUGCAUUACCCUGAUGACUCAGAAGAACCAGAUUGUCCAGAUGAAUAAACUUUAAUUCUGGAGUUCAUCUUAUAAAUUGGUAUUUGGUAAUGGUACUUUAUUGUACAGUACAUCUGCAUAUAAUAAGCUGGCAUUUUUGUUGAUUGAAAUAUGCACUUUCAAUAAUUACAGUAUAUCACAACUACACUGUUUUCAACUUAGGGCCACCUUGAAUGGAAAAGAUUUCAAGUUUUUUUCUCAUGGGCUGUGGACAGAGAAGCAUAACAUACUUCAACACAUGCAUGAAAAAUAAUUCUUUAUUUUGACCAGUAAAUGUGGAAAUAAGCUUUAACACAAAAACGAGGCUCCGUGUCAUGACUUGUAGCCUUGUUUCCAUGUUAAUGCUUAUUUCCAUAUUUAUUGAUCAAAAUCCAAAAUUUUUUCAUGCACAUGUUGAAAAAGGUUGUUCUGCUUCUCUGUGCAUAGCCCAUGAGAAAAACAAACUUGAAAUCAAUUGCAUUUAAGGUGGUCCUAAGUUGAAAACAGUGUAGUUGUGACAUAAUUAUCGAAAGGGUGUAUUGUACUAUAUCAAAUCCAAUAAUAAUAAAACUCAUUUGCUGCCAUUUGAUGCCCAAAUGUGAUGACAAGUGUUUAAGAGCGACUGUCUACAAAAAUCAAACAAAAUGAGAAAUAUGUGGCAAGGCUCAAAAUUUUAAAUUCGCUCUACUUUUGAAUAUAAGUUGACUAUGGUGAAGUGAGAAACGUUAUGUGGUUAGUUUUUAAAAAUACUCUUUUGUUUAUGAAAAAAGGCAAAAAAAUGUUUCAGCUGUGAGGACCGAUUUUCGCAAUCGAAAAUGGCCGAAAUUGCGUAUGUUUACUUAAUCCUGGUAUCCAAACCCUAAAUCCAAAUAGCCUUAUUAUACUUUCUGUUAAAGCUACAUCACUCCCUCGUUUUGAACAUUUGUGCACAAUAAAGAGUGACGGGUACUGAUUUUUAAUGUUUGUCAUUGCAUGUAAAAAGUGGCAGAUUUCUCCAUUUGCCAUCCUUUCAAAUCUUAUGGGAUUUUGCACAAGCACUAUUGGGAAACUGCCCUUUUCAGAAAUGUAUUAUUUAUUUUGGGCAAAUAAAUUCACACGCUUUGAGAAAGAGUUAACUUUGGUUCAUUAAAUAUGCAAAAUCACUGUUUCGCGAUUGCGUGACAAAACACCCCUUGCAAUCUGAAACUCACUUAAAACAUCAUUGUUCUUCACCUUUAGUUUAGAGAAUUUGAAGAAAACAUAAAUAUACAUACCUUGAAUGCAAAAAGUUCCUUUGAGCUGUUCCACUUUUGGAGUUAGCCCUAACUUAACUACAUAUUAAACUCAAAGUUCAAGGAGUCCAGCUAACAAUGUGACGGAUAUUAACUAAUCAUGAUAACAAUAGCAUAGCGGCGUGCGGAUCGCAUUUUUUCGACAAUAAUCCACAUAAAAACAAUAUUAAAAAUACAAGUAAUGCAUCACAGUGGCAUUACUUUCGCCAAAUCGACAGGAAGCCCACCACCUAUAAUGUAAACAUUUGGUGACAAAUAGCUUUUUCAAUAUGUCAGUAUAAAAAUAAAAUAGAAUUUCUGUAAUGUUAACUUUGACUGUUUGUUUCUAAUAAUAUUAAUAAUUGUAAAUAAAAGUAAAUUACAGCAAUAAAAAACCCUCAAUUCGCAAUAAUACACUUAAUAGAAAAAAAUAUUAAAAAAGAAAUGACAACAUUACAGUAAUACAUCGCAGUGGCAUUACUUCCGCCAAAUCGACAGGAAGCCCGCCACCUAUAAUGUAAACAUUUAGCUUUUUCGAUAUGUCAGUAUAAAAAUAAAAUAGAAUUUCUGCAUCAUUAAUUUUGACUCUUUGUUUCUAAGAAUAUUAAUAAUUGUAAAUGGAACACGAAUGGAAGUUGUGUGAAUUGUUAGCUGAUUUCUGAUAGAUUGGAUUCCAAGAACUUUGAGUCGAUGUAUAAGGCGGAGAUGUAAACAACCGAACAGUCGAUAAUAUUAAAUUCCUGUUAUAAACUCCAAAAGUGGAACAGCUCAAAGAAAUUUUUUUCAUUCAAGGUAUGUAUAUGUAUGUUUUCUUCAAAUUCUCUAAACUAAAGGCGAAGAACAAUGAUGCUUUAAGCGAGUUUAUUUCAAGGCAGGGCCGUAGCAACCGGGGGGCUGGGGGGGCUGCAGCCCCCCAAUAAUUUUGCCAAUGAUGAUUAUUUUUUUCAAAAUCAUGCAGCUUUUAUCAUUUAAAUAAUAUACCUUUAAAAUACUGACAAUUGAUUAAUUUAAGCGGCUAUGUCAUUUCCUGCAACUUAUCCAAUACAUGGUUAAUUAAAUUAGUACACCUUCGCCCAUUGAUGGCCUUCGUCGCCCCUCGACAUUCUCGUUGGCCGCCAUCUUCCAUUUCAUACAGCACCAUUCGGUAUACUUGGUGUAGUCGUCAUUAUAACGUAACAAUGUCAGAAUAAACUUCAUUUUACGCAACGCUAUCGCUUAGUUUUUUGGAUUGGUAUAUAUUAAAAAAGAAAGCAAAUUAAAAAUCAAAGCAUUUAUAUAAUGAACCGACAAGGCAUCGGAUAAUUAAUCAUCCAGUUUGGACUUUUCUAAUCUCUUUUGAUAAUUACGUUUUAAUUUGUUUGGUAUAUACUGAUCAAUCUGAUGUCUUGAAGAAACCAAAAGUCAAUUUUGUCCUUUUUUAAAAACAAAAGCUCUGAAAAAACGCCCAGGUAAGUCUUAUUUGAAGGAUUUAUAGCGUAGCUUAAGUCCUAUAGAUAAUUUUUUUGUAACUCAUGCUUUAAAUAGCCCUUUAAUUUACAUGCCUAAAUAAUGUAUAUUUCAAACUGAGAGAAUUUUUACUGCAUGUUCAGUGGUUUGCCAUUGAUAUCGCAAAGCCAAGGUCAAGGACAAAUCGAAGCAGCAGAUGGCCAAUGUGAUACAAUAACGGAAAUACCAGGGCAUGAAGCUGUGUCGCAAAAUGAUGAACGAAACUUUGCUGAAUCCAUCAACAAAAAUGGAGACGAGAUGAGGUAUAUGUUUAAUUAUUAUAUUUUAUAAUGUUAUGUGAUACAGGUGUAUCAAAACAUGUUAUCGAACCUCAACAAGGUUUUGUUUCCAAUCAUCAAAUAUUCAGUUUAAUGAUCUAUUUUUUUCAGAGAAAGAAAGAGGAGUUUUUGUGUCUUUCCAAUGAUAUAUUUUAUUUUAUUUUAUUCUAUAACUUUAUUUUCACGUAUACAUUGUUAUUUGACAUCCACGGUAUUUUGUUUUAUGACAAACAGAAAUCAGAUAAUUAGUUUAUCAUUUCUCAGGCCGGACAAUUUAUCAUCGCUAACAAAGCCGUAUUAACCUCGUAACAUUACGUUUCCAAAGACCCAGUACAAGUUAUUCAAGCGAGCGUUCCAAAGUGCUUGGUUUGAUCGUUUUCUGUGGAUUCACUAUGUUGUGGUGAAUGAUGCUGCGUUCUGUUUUUCGUGUAUCAAAGCUGCCUCGCAGAAUUUAAUAACUUCAUCAAAAAUUGAACAAGCAUUUGUGACAGAAGGAUUUCGAAACUGGAAAAAGGCUUGUGAAAAAAAUUGCGGAUUCUACAAGCACCAGCAAUCUGAUUGUCAUUUGGAGGCUGCAGAAAGGUAUCAGUAUGCAACUUCAGGAGAAGACAUUGGCUCUGUUUUAUCAUCAGAAUAUGAGCAAAAAAAGGAAACUAACCGCAAAAUAUUAUUAAGGAUUCUGUCAAAUGUGCGAUACUUAGGUGGGUAAUUUAUAUAAUUGUUCCUUUAUAGUAUCGGCUACUAAUUUUACUAUUUCAAUUUUAAUUAGUAUAUUAACAGAAUUAACAAUAAUAUAUUAUAUAUGUAUAAUAUAUAUUAGUAUAGCCUGUUGGCUAACUUAAUUGUAGCUAAGCUGCAUGUAUGCAUUGCUAAACUAUAAAAGAUGAAUUACAUUAUAGCUCGUCAGUCGCUGCCAUCCAGGGGAAACUGGAACCAGGAAUAUGGAUCAGAGCACAAUUCGAAUUUCCAUCAAAUGCUUUUAGUUAGAGCAGAAGAAGAUCCAGAAAUAGUGCAAUGGUUAAAACGAAAGCAAAACAAGUUUACCUCACCCGAGAUCCAAAACGAAAUGAUACAGGUUUCUUUUUCUAUUUACACUGACAUGCAGCAGUUUGAUGUUUGAGUAUAUACUUUGUAUUCAUGUAAUAUUAGACUAACAUCUUUUCUUAAGGUUUUCACCCUCAAAAUAUUGAGAGAAAUUGCGUCAAACAUACGAAGUUCAGUUUUUUAUACAGUCAUGGCUGACAAGACGGCUGAUGUGUCAAAUAAAGAGCAACUUGUAAUAUGCAUACGUUGGGUUGAUGAUUACCUUACUGCUCAUGAAGAUUUCAUAGGAAUGCAUCCAAUCAAAAGAACAACUGCUGAUGUAAUAGUCCAUGUUCUCAAGGUGCUUCUCUUAAAACCUAAACGCAUCACCUAUUUUCGUUUUAACUUGCGUCUGCAGAGCCAUUUUCAACAUUGUAUAUCUUGUUUUAACUUUAGGACGUGUUACUUCGAAUGAAUUUUCGAAUUGAAGAUGCGCGUGGACAAUGUUAUGAUGGUGCGGCCACCAUGUCUGGGACCAAAACCGGUGUAGCAACUCAAUUUAAGUCAUUGAACGAAAAGAUGCUCUUUACCCAUUGCUAUGGACACGCCUUAAACCUGGCUAUCAAGGACACUUGCUUUAAAGUGGAUUGUCUGAAAGAAACGUUUGAGACAGUCUACAAAAUUUGCAACUUGGUGGAGAAAUCACCUCAGCGCGAUACCAAAUUGAUGGAUCUCCGUGAUGAAUUUGAAAAUGAGUCAAAGGGAGUACAUUCCUUCUGCCCAACGCGUUGGACCGUAAGAGGAGAGACACUAAAAUCCGUAAUUGAUAAUCAUAACGAACUUCUCGAACUUUGGACGUGGUCGCUUUCGGUUUUGAAAGACACUGGAAUGAAGGCAAGAAUAAUCGGUGUCAGUACAGUGAUGAAAACAUUUUCAUUUUAUUUUGGUUGCUGCCUUGGAGUGUGUCUUCUAAGGCAAACUGACAAUCUGAGUAAGACACUCCAAGAUCCACGAUUGUCCGCUGCAGAGGGCCAAGCCGUUGCUGCGAAAGUCUUGGAAACGUUACGUAAAGAUCGAAAUGACGAGAGAUUUGCAAUGUUUUGGCAAACACUAAUGAGAAGAAAAGAAAACUUUCCAGAGAUAGCAGACCCUGUGCUGGCGAGAAAACGGAAAGCUCCACAAUGAUUUUAGGAUGGAUCAACCGGCCAUUUCUUUGAAACAGCUGAAGACCAUUACAGAAAAAUCUUCUAUGAAGCUUACGAGAAUGUGAUUAAUAGAAUAGAAGCUCGAUUUGACCAGAAAGACUUCAAGAUCUACGUAAACUUACAAGAAGUUCUCUUGAGGUCCUUCAACGGAAUCGACAAUACUGACAAACUGGAAAAAACGGUGGCAAUGUAUAAAGGUGAUUUUGAUCAAUUUUGUCUUGAAGCCCAACUGAAGCUUCUUCCGUCAAUUGCACAAAAUGCGGGUUACCAGGUUGGGAAAAUCGAUAUUGCCGACGCGUUGAAGAUUCUUCGAAAUUUGGAUCGCGGUGAAAAGCUUCUGUUGUCUGAAGUGAUCAUAUUGGCAAAACUUGUCAUAGUUGCUCCGGCCACAAAUGCAGUUAGCGAAAGAAGCUUUUCAGCUUUAAAACGCUUAAAAACGUACCUCCGAUCAACCACAGGAGAUAAUCGACUUAACCAUCUAAUGAUGAUACACGUGCAUCAAGAUAGGACAGACGAGUUUGAUUUAAGAACGAUCGCAAAUGAAUUUAUUGCGGCAAAUGAAAAUAGGAAGCGUGUCUUUGGAUUUUUUAAAGAUUAG